AUGAAGUCUACGACCAGACUCUUGAAAUCUGCAAGAAUCCCCAAGAUUGCUCACGCUGAGCAAAUAUACAAGGCUCCUUCUUUGGCCUCGAUUUCUCCUUCAGAGCUCCCCAACAAUGCAUUUGAGAACAACAACUUGUACCACAUAAAAAAGACGGCCUACGGUCACUGGCCCGUCUACAAGAAGAUUCAGAACACUCGCAUCAGCACGGAAAUUAAGAGAGUUGAAGGUAAUGUCAGUCGGUUUGCUCAGGAAUUGUUGGGUCUCAUUGGUAAUGUCAAGUCGAAUAACUUGAAGGUGAACACCAUCACGGGAGAAGUUAACAUCAAGGGAGACCAUGUGGAGAAGAUCAAGGAAGUGCUCGAGAAGCACGUCCGCUACUAG